AUGACCCCGGGGCUGCGCGGUCCCCGUGCCAGGGGACGCACGACACUUGUGCAAGGAACUGCACGAUCCUGGUGCAAAGGGCUGCACGGCGCGGGCACAGCCCUGCCUUCACCCCGCUCCGGGGGUGGAAAACCCGAUUUUUGGGGAGGANAGGAUCACACCAGGUUCAACCACAGCCUGUCGUCCACCUUCCUGGGCACCGACGUGACCUACACCCUGAGAUAUGGGUUCGGGGACCUGUCGGUGGUGCUGGGAUAUGACACGGUGACAAUCCAGAACAUCGUCAUCAGGAACCAGGAGUUUGGCCUGAGCCUGUAUGAGCCCAGCAGACCCUUUUACUACCUGGAUUUUGAUGGGAUUUUGGGCAUGGCUUACCCAGGCGUUGCCAUCAGUGGUUUCAACACGCUGAUGCAGAACAUGCUGCAGCAGAACCAGCUCAGUGAACCCAUCUUCAGCUUCUACUUCUCUCGCAACCCAACAUAUAGUUACGGUGGGGAAGUCAUCCUGGGGGGGGCUGACCCCCAGCUGUACUCCGGGGAGGUUUUAUGGGCUCCUGUGGUCCAGGAAUUGUACUGGAAGAUCAGUAUCGAGGAGUUCUCCAUUGGGUAUUCAGUCACCAGCUGGUGCAGCCAGGGCUGCCAUGGCAUUGUGGACACUGGGACAUUCCUGCUGACCAUCCCAGGGCAGUUCAUGCCAGCCCUGCUGCAGGCGCUGGGCGCAGAGGAGAGUGACUACGGGUUCCUCGUUGACUGCAGCAGUGUCCCAAACAUGCCCACCCUCUACUUUGCCAUCAGUGGGGCCUGGUUGUCGCUGCCUCCCACUGUCUAUGUCCUAGAGAACGAUAGCAUCUGCACCGUGGGGGUCGAGAGCACUUAUGUGUCCUCUGCCAGUGGCCAGCCCCUCUGGAUCCUCGGCAACCUCUUCCUCAGGCAGUAUUACUCCAUCUUCGACAUGGCCAACAACAGAGUUGGCUUUGCCCUGGCAACUUAG